AUGAUUCAGUACAACGAAUUGCAAUGUUAUAGUAGACAAUAUUUGAUUAACUCAACUUUGACUCGAUCAACACUUAUUAAUGCCCAUUCACACUGCUAUGAAUGAAUGGACAACACCUUCAUAAUAUAUAGGUGGUACAUAAAGUCUCAAAGUGGUACAUAAAGGGACUGGUACAUAAAGGGACUGGUACAUAAGGGGUCACACCCACACUGGGACCAUUGACACGACCGUUUUGUAGACUAUCGUCAAGUCAGUAUUGUAAGGACAAUUUGGAAACAUGGUUAGGAAACAAAAAUUUUGCUGAAAAGAAACUGCUACCGCAUGUUUGUCAAGUUUUCAAGAUGUCGUCUGCCAAUCUUCACACGAAAAAUCGCAAUGAAGACAAGAUACUUUUAUUUAAUUGUUUUAACGAUGCAAAAGCACAAAUUUAAAAACAUGAAAUUUAUAGUAUAAUCGUUAAAUAAUCGGUUAUAGAACCAAAACAUUCGGCAUUUCCAUUUUUGUUUUCCUUACAAUAUUGUGGUAAAUUUACUGGUGUGUAACCGGAACAGUACGGCAGAGACUACUCGAUUGACGGGAAACCAAUGCAGAUAAUCAGGAGUCAUACUGUAGCUUUACAUCUGGACGGACGUCUACUUUUGUAUCGGUGUUCAUCCUAUGUGUUUUGUGUCUACGUUCCUGGCCUGAGGGAUCCGGGAACAGAUACAGCUUUAUUUCAGUUGUGUUCUAACCUAGCCAGUGCACGAGUUCUUGCACCCGGAGGUAUCUGGCCUUGAGGGUACAGAGGAGACGUGCAUUGCGGUCAAGCAGUCGCAGUGAGCAGAGGGACUAUCGGUUCUCCGGCAUCGCUGGGGAUCGCGAAGUCGCAGUGAGCAGAGAGACUAUCGGUUCUCCAGCAACGCUGGGGAUUGCGCAUAACCUGCAUCAUACUUUACCGGCAGUGUCUGGUUGAGUUGAGGUUAUAGGUAUAAACCCAAUCCAUUUCCUGUAAUAGUUGCCUAUUAUCCUGGAGUCAUUAACACAAUUGCAUACCAUUAAAUACUAUUCGUACUGUGUCUUGAUCAAUACUGAGAGUUAUCUACGGUUAUAAUACCCGGCAUUAAAUACUGGGUGUUAUAUUUUGGAUACAUGAAUUUUUGGUGUUUAUGGCCAUUUGUUUUAUUACAUUUAUGUCUAUUUGAUUCCAUUUUUGUGUGUUCAUUUUUAUUAGGUUGAGAAAUAGAUUUACUAUUUAGUAUUGUGCGUGAUUGAAACCUAUUCCUUUCAUCAAUUUAAUAUUAUUACACUUGAGUCAUUUAGAUAACCACACGCUAUUGAACAAUAUUUAUACUUGACCCUAUUAAUAAUCACAAUCACUAAAGAACAAAUACCCGGUACCAAAUACUGGGUGUUACAUUUUUUAGUAUAUGUUAUUUGAAUGGUGAUGGCCAUUAAUUUGUUUUGUUACACUUGUGCUCAUUUGCUCCCAUUUUUGAUUGGGUGGAGAAAGAGUAUUUAUUGAUUGUAUGGUGGGGUGUGAGUGUUAUAAAUAUUGAAAUUAAAGUUUUUGUGAGCCAGGAAUAGUUAGAUAAAUACUUGUUUGUAUUAGUUUUACAUAUCCAGGGCUUUCCUUUGACCCGAGCUCCCGGGUUUUGACGCUUGAAAAUUACAGAAGACCCCUUUUUGACUCUUGAGAAAAUUACGUCAUGCGUCACAUUUGACCCGGGGGAAUAUACCGACUUGCGUCAACGAGAUCAAAAGUUGUUGAGACUAAGCGAUAAUUGGCACGGGGCGGAGUAUCUCAUUUAGUACACGCUAAUCGUUAACGCCCGUUUCCAAUCAUCGAAGCACAAGUCCACCCAGUAGGCGGAGUUUGGUUAAUUAAGAAAUCUAGUAUUGACCAAUUAAAACACUGCUGGUUCGAUGACGCUUGUAUUAACUUUCCAUUAUUUAUCAUAGCUUUUGUUAUAAGCUGUUUGCGGAAAAGACGUGUAUUAAACCCACCUAGUUGCAAUAAUCCAACUCCCAGCUAUUGACCCUCUGAGCUGUACGUAUGUACUCAUAAAAGCUCAGAGCAUUUAAGAAGAACUAUAAACCCACCAAAACAGAAUGGACUCAUCCGCGUCAGUUUUAAUAAUAUUCAAUAUAAAAUAAUAACAUCCAUAUCCACAUAACACCGUAAAGCAUAUUUUGAGAUAUUUCCAGAGUAUGGCAGAAUGUAUUUCCAAAGCUGAAUGCACCCAUCACUGUUUCGCUUCAUGAUUGCUCAGUUCAAAGACGCGCGAAAGUUAUGCUGGCAUAUGUACUGUCUACAACGUCAAAUUACACGCUUUGCAUCAAAGUUGCUAAAAAUAACUAUAGAACCGAUAUAACUGGCCUUGUGGCAAAGUGACAAUUUUUGCAUGAGCUAAUUGAUUACAAAAUACAUGUAGGCGUAAUAAAUGACCGUUUGAUAAGGCAUAGAAAACGGCGUGUUUGUCGCACGUCUUCCGUGAAGAUGGCACAUGAAAUAGUUAAAGGGCGUCGGAAUUUUUGAUGGGAUUAAAUACGGAGGCACCUUUAUCGGCGAGUAGAAAUAAUUUCCUUUUAUAGUUUACCGAUUUAUAUAGGCUAUUGUGUUUAGGUACCACCCGUAUGUUGUUGUUUUUUUUGUGAUAGCCAGCGGAAAUGGUUUUUUUCACAUUUUGUAUUUCAUUCUUAAUUUAAUAGCCACGCGAAACGGUCAAACAAAGUUAUUGGAUAAAGUGUAAUUGUGCAAAGUGUAAUUGUGCUAGUGCAUUCGGAAAAUGUCGCAGAGAAACCUUUUCGAAUUCGGAAUCGGUAGUAACUCUGAAAGUGUGUGUAAGACGCCAACGACAAAGCGUACUGUAGAUUUAAAUGACAGUGCUCCUAACACCCCCAAACGUGCGAAAGAAGAACAUUUGACAUAUUACUCUGCUGUAUACAUGAAGUUAAUGUUGUAUUAGAAUACAUGUUUUGUAUUUAUUAAUCAUUGAAAUAUUGUGUUUAAAUGCAUAGUGUUGUAGUGACAGUAAAAUGUAAGAAAUAAAUGUUAACAUACAUGUAUCUUUUUAUUUGUUGCUUUUUAUAUAUUAUAUCUCAGUAAUUUGCUUAACUUGCAAAAAAUCAUUGACUCUCCUGCGUUAUUAUUAGGACUCUCAGAAGUUUGAUUUUGACUCUUGAAAAUAUGGUCCCAAGAGUCCUUGACUCUUGAGAUUUGAGGUCUAAGGAAAGCCCUGAUAUCAUUGCAUUUAAAUUGCAAAUGUGUGUGUGUGGUGUACUUCAUUUGAAAUACUUGACUAAACUUGGACAGUAAAUUGACAUUGACGGACCAUGGCUGAGAGAACUAUUGAUUUAGGUUCAGCUUAUUUUGAGGAAAUGAAACCAUUGCAACAAAAUGUACAAAAACAAACACCAUUUCCUCAUCAGUACCCGUCAGCGCAACCAACUCAAGUACAGACACGACCAAUUUCACAAUCACAACAACCAUUUCCUUACCAGUACCCAUCUGUGCAACCAACUGGUCCGUACCCACAAAGUCAACAGCCAUACCCUGGACAACCAUUGCAGUUCCCACCAUGGCAGGAAGGACCGCCACAAAAUGGGUCCCCAUACAGGUGGUACCCUUAUCCGCAGUGGUACCCGGCCCAAGGACAGUUACAGCCUUUCACUAAUAUGGAGGGGCACCAAGGGAUCGGAAUACAAGCUGGUGUAACAAACUAUGGAUUCGCACCGGCAGGUACAGAUGUUCAACCGGCAGGCUCAAAUGUACAAACAAAUGUUCAACCGUCAGGCACAAGUGUACAACUUAAUGUUUUACCUGCAGGUACAAAUGUACAACCCAAUGUUCAACCGGCAAUUAAGGGCGUCAUCGUUCCCGAACGAGAGAAUAAUGCUGGUCGAACCCACCGACAUGAUGACAGACGACAAAGGUUGACCCAACAACCAAAGACACUUGUGUAUAGUGGAAAGGGUAGUUGGAAGUCGUUUAAAAGCAAGUUUAACCGCUAUGUGGUGGUGAAUGAUUGGAGUGAAAGGGAGAAGAAGGAUUAUUUGUGCUUGUGUCUCACUGACACGGCGAGGGAUUACCAUACACUUAUUACCGAUAAGACACCAAAUAUUACCUACAACGCAAUCAUGGAGAAAUUGGAGAGGUGUUUUGGUUGCCAGGAACUCCCCGAAACAGCUGAGAUUAAAGAGGGUGACAUCCCACUCGCAGAGAGCACGCCGAAAACAAAAGCAGUCCCUGAAGACAGUAACAAGUUCAGUAGUUUUUAUUCGUCUGGCUAUGUUACAGCUAACCAGUCUUUGGAAGUCAGCCCGUCUAGAGUACCUGUGAAGCAGCAGAUUGAUAUACCUGUUCAUUCACCCAACAAUCAGACAAGGGCAGGUAAUGUCACGUCUGGGGCCUCUGGUUCCAGCACUUCAUCCAUCUGCUCUGCGACAAACAAGGGCUCAUUCCGCACCAACAUGAGUUUCAGUCACUUGCAGGACAGCCUUUCAUCUGAUCUACACUCAGAGAUGGAUGAAAUGGAGAUGGACCUGAACAACGUCUCCAAGAGGGACCUGAUGGGCGUAUACAAAGACGUGAUACAAGAACACGAUAAGUUAAAGUCGACGAUGAUUCAGUGUCAAGACCGCGCUUCCCGACGUAUCUCGGAGCUGAAAAAUCAGAUAGCCAUUGAACAGCAGGCAAAGAGAGACCUGGUGGUGAAAUUCAACCAGGAAAUAGAAGACAAAGUAGGAAUAAUAGAACUCUUGAAAGAGAGCAAAGAACGGCAAGCGGCUAUGCUCACCGAUAAAGCAUGCAUUGAGCGAGAAUUGAGGGAACUGCAAGCCCAGUUUCAAAAACUGCAGAGUUCCAUCGAGAGUAAAUUACAGCAGCAGGUACAACAGGCACGGGAGAUGAUAGAACAGUUAAAGAAAGACAGACAGAUAGCUAUUGCAGAGAUGAAGCAGCAAGUGCAUGAGGAGAUGGAGAUAAAAGAUGGAGAAAUCUUAAGGUCAAGGUCACAGGCACAAUCACUUGGUCACGAAAACAUGCAGCUGAAGAAAUGCAUUGAACGGUUGGAGAAAGCUUCAACAAAUCAGUUGGAGAAAGCCCGAGUAAAUCAGUUGGCGACAGCUCGUGCAAUCUUCAAGCGUUUGAAAGCAGAGAAGUCGGAGGCUAUUGCUAAGAGGAAGUCGAGACUGACGGAGAACAAAAUGAAAGUGGAGAAGGAGAACCUGCAGAAGCAGGGCAAUGAAUUCCAGAAUGGGGUACGAGAAAAUAACCAACUGCAAACGAGACUGGCACAAAGUGAGGAAAAUUUCAGAAAGAUGAAUGAACAACACAACCACACAAUUCUGGAGAGAAGUGAGUUGGAUAUGUUGGUCCAUCAGAUGCAGGUUGAGGCCGAUAGACAGAAGGAGGAAUACGAGAGACCGGUUAGUGAAGCUGGUCACAUGUCAGAUGCUAGUCUUGCCCAGUUGGCUGCGUACCAUGAGAAAUACGAAGCUGAGAUCCUGAUCCAGCAUCAGACCACUUCGCAGAAGGCUGAAGAACAUGCAGCAGACCCUCAGGAGGUAGUCAGUGGAUACAAGGCUCAGAUAAAGGCUGCUAGGGAAGACCAAGAGAGGUUCAGUGAGUCAGCCAGUCAGGCCACUGAGUUACAGAAGGCUCCAGAAGGGGGACAAGCGCAGGUGGACAAACUCAACAGAUCUAGUGAAGACCAGGCAAGGUUCAGUGUAUCAGUCAGUCAUGCCACUGAGUUACGGAAGGCUCUUGAAGAGGGACAAGUUCAGAUGGACAAACGUAUUAUCACACUGAACACUCCCAGAGCAGACCUCUUUGUUAAAGAGAAAAAGCUGGAGCAAAGUGGCAUGAAGUUCAGGACCAAGAUGUUUAAUCAUAGGGCAGGAGCAAGGAACGGCAAUCCUGAUGCUUUGUGCAGGAAAACCAUCGUGGAUGGUCGUCUAGAGUAUCAACUUGGUUAUGAGUUGGAUGACGUAGAUGAUGUGGUCCCCCUGUCAAAAUCAUGGAAAGAAAGACAUGAGAAGACACGUGAAGUAUGGGAUCCGGGUAUAGUCAAUACGAAGGAGGUUAUAAACAAGAUGGGUGAUCCGGUCAAUAUGCUGGAUACUUCACACUAGAAAGCGAAAUAAUACCAACUAUCCAUGGGUGAUCCGGUCAAUAUGCUGGUUAUCGCACACUAGAAAAUGAAAUAAUACAAACUAUCCAUGGGUGAUCCGGUCAAUAUGCUGGAUACUUCACACUAGAAAGCGAAAUAAUACCAACUAUCCAUGGGUGAUCCGGUCAAUAUGCUGGAUAUCGCACACUAGAAAUUGAAAUAAUACAAACUAUCGGUUAAAUGGAACGGACCGGGGAUGGUGACACGGCUAAUAAUUAUCUUCUUAUCUAUACAUGCAUACUUACAGAAUUCACACUUUAGCCGUCUUUCACGCUCUGCAUUGUUAAAUGAUCGCAAUCAGUCAACAAUGUGACGGAUAUCAAAAACAUUAAAUGCAUGUCACUUAAAUGUCACACACAUAGAACAAGAAACGGAAAAUAAACUGUGUUGUAUCUUAAUAUUAUUUUAUUUAGUUAUUUUCUUGCAUAAGAAUGUGGUCAAAACAAGGAAGCAUGAUCGUUUGAAAAUCUGUCAGGUAACUUAUCUCCCAAGUCAGGAAAUUGACCGACCGACUGGACACUUAGCUGUUGACAGUGAUGUAACCUAUUGUGUGUGUAGACAGCCAGAUGACGGUUUUAUGAUCGAGUGAUGUUGGUGUGAUGAGUGGUUUCACGGGAGAUGUGUGAAUGUGAGUGAGGAAGAAGGUGUGAGAAUAAAGAAGUAUAAGUGUCUGAAUUGUUGUAAGACGUAACUCGCUCAUGUGCUUGAAAAUUUAGUUUUAUAGUGGUUAUAGGUUUUAGCAUGUCUGAAUCCGGCUCUGUUGCUGGAGAAUAUAAAAAGUGUGUCAAUUAGCUAGUAGAUAAUUCUGUUAGACAGUACAUUUAAGUUGAUGAUAUGCACUUGUAAAAUAACAUGUUUUAAAAUACCAUGUAUUCUUCCUUUAGUUGAUUUGUGUGAAGUAUUGUCUUAACUAUGACUACUGUAUCAAGAUCAUAAUGUUUAAUCUGUUGAUAAAAGGAAUAUUUGGAGUAAAUGCUUUUAUACUAUUUCGAAAUAACUUGUUAAUAUUAAAUGUGAUUAGGAGAACUCUUAAGAAUUAUUAUAAGUUACAGAAAUUAUGAUUGGCUUUAUACAACAAAUUGUUUAUUAUUAAUCUUCAUUAUACUUUGUACAACUUUGGCACAUGCUGAAUUAUAUAGCAAUUGUUCAUACUUUGUGUACACCUUUUAACCAUUUCAGUAAUAAUGGAUUUCUGAUAGAUUACCCAGUCUUGAAAUUAUUUCACAUAUUUUCAAGGAAGUACUGGUACCAUUUGACUUGAUAAUAUAUUAAUGUUGACGUUUAGUGGAUUAUAUAUGUUCUCCAUUAUUGCACAAUGUAACACGAAAAGUGGUUUUAAUUAUAAUAUACAUGUAAUGUAAAAUCUGUAGUUGAAGAAGUAUGUUAAGAAUUCAGAGUUUUAUAGCCUUUAAUGCUCCUUGAUCUAUUAUGGAAUAUUAUAACAAAUCCAUUGUUACAUUAGAAACUGAUCUGACUACUGAAUAUGCACUAAUUAAUGUCAGUUAAAACAUGCUUUCUUCAUUGCUUGAUUGAUUUCUAAUAAGCCACAUGCAAGUUACAUGCACGUGUGUUUUAAUUGCUGAUGUUUGCUAAGAUAUUUUGAUUAGUUUCUUAUUAUGCUGUGGUGUGUUUUCUCAUUUUAAUGGGUACUGGGUACUCCAGAAAUUCAUCUUGGGCAAUACAAUUAGGAUGCAAAUUUUCCCAAUUCAAGAAUAAAAAUGUCCAACUCGACACAAUAAAAUAGUUGGAUGUAUUGAAUUUUACAGUUUUGAUCAUGUUUCAGGGCAAUUUUGUAAAACAUACUUCAAAACCACAUAUGGUUCUUAAGGCACUUUGGUUCCAUGUUUAACUAGUACCAGUACUAUUCUGAAAGGCUGAGAAAAGACACUAAUUCUUUUGGAAAUGUACACAGAUACAUGUCUGUCUGUAAAUUGUAUAAACACGAGAUUAUUGAUGUACAACUUCAUUCGGCAAACGGGCUGAGUGUCGUUUAAAUAUUAUUUGAUUAAAAACAAUAUGAAUCUGGCAAUAAGAUCUUAAAUAAGCAUUAUCACAGAAAAGACACUAGUGAUGUUCGUAUGUUUAACACUCCGGAUUUAUCUGGAGGCUACAUACUUUUUAUAUAACGACUUAACGUACAUUUAUAUAUGUUCAGGAUAAUUACUCCGGUGAAAGGCUGGAGGUAUCAAUCCCACCAUUUGUCUGUUUAAGCAUGCAUUUGUCUUGCUUCAGGUGUUAGAAAUCAAGAUUCUUAAAACUACCCUGUGCGGCUGCUGAGAAUGUCAUCUUCCUCCAAGCUUGAGGUUUAAUGCAAGCUGAAAGUGACCGGAGACCGCUGGUUACGACAUGACUUUUCAACAGGGUUUAUCAGACAUAAUUGUGUUCAUGUUCUCCAGUUACAUCCGAAGCAAUUGGAGGACAAAAAUUCCUUCAUACGUGGUUAUCCCUAUUUGUACUCACAAUAUGGGUUCAAAACCAAAAAUGAAGGGAAGAGGAGGAGAAAUAGCAUGGGGUCAUUAGGAAGAAUGGCGUCCGGCGAAAGCUGGAAGUUGAGAAGCCUCCUAUAGGUAGUCAUGUACCAUGGCCAGCUGGACGACUGAGUACUUUCUCGGGUCUACUGUUCGGCUUGGUACCCUGCUGGACUUUGCCCAUAAGCAUGACUUAGGAAUCAACGCGGAGGUGUCUCUAUCUGAAGUAGAUAGACAGUGGUUGUCCGAGUUUGCCCGUCAAUCAGGAUGGCCGGAAGUGGACUUCGACAUUCAACGUCUGAACUCGCAGGCUCUUCUUGCCCAUUGGCGUGUCCUUGUCGGUCUACUGAAACACAUUCCAAGGGAUCGACAUGUUUACUUCUUCAACCUGGACAAUCAGCGUACCUCUAGUACCGUCCCGGCUGUGGCUGGGUUACAUGUUCAAAUCCCUGACGUGGAGCAUCAAAGUGCCCCGACACCCCCGGUGGUGGCAGUGACGGAACCUGCAGGAAGUGGAACGGCUCAUGCUGUUUCUAAUGUACGGAACAUGUCUGUUAGGGAGUAUCUGGCAGUAUCCGGACAGGCAAACCUUUCGUUGGCUAGGAGGAACACAUCCCAGGCGUCAGGGCGACCAGUAACGACCAGGAUUUCGGCCUUAGAUUCUCAGUUUCACCUGGACCGGUCUCUAGUGAAAUUGGUUAUGCCGUAUUACUCAGAUAUCCGGACCAUUCUGGAUGCAGAUGUAGGGAUCAGACCCCAAGUUGAAGUGGAUGUGGUAGGAGGUGUCCUGAUCUAUUGUGACCCCGAACCUAACCAGCAGAUACUUGGGGGCUACAGGAGAAAGUUCUGACAAGGAUACUAGAGUUGUCAUCCCCUUGUCAACCAAUCAUCCUUCAUAUCCGGGGUGGGGAGGAUCGGCAGUCCGGAGUGCUCUAUCUGGAAUGUCUUGAAUUAUUAAAGCCCAAUGUUGCUCGGACGCAGAAAGUGGUGCUGCAUUGUUUCACCGGCGCGCAAGAGGUAGUGGUCAGCUGGUGUAAGGCAUUCCCUAAUUGUUUCUUCAGUACUCAGGACAAGCCCGGCUUUUCACGGAGGCGCAGAAACAGGCAAUCCGGGGGGUCCCGGCGAACAGGCUGUUGAUCGAAACUGACUCGCCAUACUUUCGACCAGCUGGGGCUCAGAUGUGCACUCCAUCCUUUUUAGGGGACGUGGCCAACGUUAUUACGUCAUAUCGGGAUAGCGAGGUCAGGGACGUGUGCCAGCUGACCUUGAGGAAUUCCACUCAACUGUUUGGGCUAUAAAUAGCAUAAUGUAAUAUGACAUUCGUGUAGCCAAUUAUUGAAAUUUGAAUAUGGAGUUUUAAUAUUUUAAUGUUUAGGACACUAAUUUUAACAGAAAGGAUCGCAACUGAAGUGUAUAGACAAUGAAUGGAAGUGAAAGUUUGGAAAAACUCCGUUUUUAAUUAUAAGUUUAAAGAAAAACUAUAUGCUGGGCACAAUUUAUUCCUCUAGUCUGUUUUAGUGGACGAUUAAUGGAGCAUUGCAGAAUUGAAUACAAAAAAAAGUAUCACCAGGGCCCGGAACUUUAGUGUAGGCCAAAUUUUUGAUGAAGUAACAAUUUACCAAGACUGAAAAAGGACUAUGGCUCUUUCCCGUUGGAUAAAAUGGGGAGGAGUGUGGUAAAUUUACUGGUGUGUAACCGGAACAGUACGGCAGAGACUACUCGAUUGACGGGAAACCAAUGCAGAUAAUCAGGAGUCAUACUGUAGCUUUACAUCUGGACGGACGUCUACUUUUGUAUCGGUGUUCAUCCUAUGUGUUUUGUGUCUACUUUCCUGGCCUGAGGGAUCCGGGAACAGAUACAGCUUUAUUUCAGUUGUUACUUCAUCCUCCCAUAAGGUUUGUUGGGUCCAUGGGGUGAACCCUUAUAUGUAUGUGAGCCUUGGACAUCAGGUUCUGAAAUGCCACCAUGGUACAGACAAGAAUAAGAAGAGAAAACUGGAAAAGGAGAAGGUAUCAGACAGAAAAAUGAACGCUGGGCUGUUGCAACGUAUCGACAGUGAUGUUGCCUCAAAAAUUAAAGAACUUGUGGUGGAAGAGGUCGUUGCAAAUGUUGAAGAAAUGCAAUGCCAUCUGACCUCAUUUGUUAUGAAGAAUGUAACACCUGCUCCAUCAAGAACUAAAAGGAGAUUUGCCCCUACAAAAAAGUGAUCAGAUAUCACAUGAAUAAGGCAGCAAAGAAGGGUUGUGAUAGCAAUGAUGACCAACACAACUUAGUUCAGCUUGUGAGUGUGCUUAGUGUGUAAUUAACAGUUACUUCAAUACAGAUAUAUAUUUAUCACAUGCCAUUCCCUGCUUCCCCUUGUAAUAUAACCAUUACAAAUAUUUUUAUCUUACACAUGUGUAAUAUACUUUUUAAGGAUUUUCAUUGGCUUAUUUUCGUUUGAUUGACCAAUCGCAUUUUGUUAUGUUGCUGAAAUAACAUUUCAACGUCAAAUGACGUCACGAAAUGUAAACAACAUUUCGGAUUUAUCAUUAAGUUUGCGAAAAUAUUUUAAUAAUUUUUUGUGUCCGGAGCCAUAUCUUGGCAGUGCUUUGGCGGAUUUCAUUGAAACUUGGUUUGAGUAUAAAUAUGGAUAAGAGGAUGAUACAUAACAUUUGACAGAGUUAUAGUAACUUAUACAUCUCAUUAAGCGAAAUUUAAGAAAUUGUGUUAUUAUAUUUUCAUAUAUUACUUUUCUGCCUAAGAUGCUAAGGUCAUACAUUGUUUUGUAAACGAAACAUGCAGCAUAAUUUUCCUUUAUCAUUUACAUUUGUUGUAAAUAGUGAGCAUAUUAAAAUUCUGAUGUCUGAUAUUAAUUUGCCUCUUGUGAAUAGAUUUGUACCAUUGUUUUGUUAAAUGGACCUUUUCACGUUUUGGUUAAUUGACGAAAUUGAUUUUUUUUUCAGAUUUCAAAAUUUUCGUUGUAGUUUUAUUUGUGCGAGGAAUCGGUAAUACUGAACAUUUACUAAGCUCUACAAUAUUACAGUAUUUGCAUAUUUUGAUGAUUUAAACACAUUAAAAAUUUAAAGCAUUACGAAGGAAUAAUUUGGCGAGUUCUGUUGUUAUCAUUAUAUUUUGUGACAGUACGAUGAUUGCUGAUAUAAAUUAUAACAUAAACAUAUUACUUACUAUACGAUCACAGAUGGGAGAGUUGUUUAAGUUCUAGUCUUUUACUCAAAUGGUCAGUUGUUUAAGACUAGUUAAGGAUAACUUUUUUAUCUUUGAUUUUAUUCUUGUUUAAUUAUUGAGCUAUUUAAUUCCGAUGUAAACAUUUAUCUUUUUACAUUAUUUUAUUUAUUUUAUCAUUUUUAUUUUUAAAACUUCAACACAUGCCAAAAUCCGUGAAAAUAUCCAUAUACAGGUAUGCGUUUAUAAUUGUUGGCAUCAUUUACGUCAAUUUCUUUAAACUAUGACUUUUUCCCUUCGCACCAAGACAAGAAAAAUUAUUGUUUAAACCAAUGGUUAUUGUUUGCUUUUGCUUUGCUGUCUUACUAUUGAACAUUUGAUAAUCUCAUCCGGAGGUUGUUGCUUUCCCGGGAUUUUAUUAUUGUUUUGUUAAUUUAUUAAUUUUCCAACGUUUAGAAAUGUCAUGUUUUGCUAACAUUUAUAAAUGUAUUUAUACUUUUAUUCGCACUUUGAUCGUAGUACUUUCAUGUUUGGCUUUCUUUCACAUCAAACGAGUGUUUAUUUUUUUAUAUAAAUAUCAUCUACGGUUGAGUGGUUCAAUUUAACUUCUUUAAUUUAAGACGCAUUCUGCAGAAUACACCAAAAAUAUCGGGUUUGAUGCACCUUAUAUAUUUAAUGUUGUGCCUUUCUUUUAUUAAUACGCUCUCCUUUUCUAUAUUUUGUAAUUCGUCUGCAAAACAAAAGCGUUCAUAUUUGCGCUCUUUUAUUGCUAGUUUACAUUUUUUCUUGAUUAAAAAUCAAUGCAUUUUUUAGCAUUUGCGUAUAACCAUAGUUUAUUCGAUGUUAUGGUAUGAUUUUCUUGAAACGAGAUGGUUUGCCACAGACGUGAAUGGCAGCAAUGAAUAGAUUGUGUGUAAACCAUUUCACCAUUUCUCCCAUUUCACCUUGAAUCGGUAAAUAUUAAAGAUGAAGUUCGUGUAAAUAAUGCGUUGUUAAAACGUCAAUUUUAUCUGCAUUUUAGGAGACGUAUGAUGUUAACUGUGUAUAGUUGUGAAAUUAACCAUAUUCAUCGUUAUCGCAUUAGUUAUGGCGACACUCUUCAAAGAUGAUCUUAAAAUACUUAAAGUUGUAAUUAUUGUUUAUUUGUAACCUUUUAAGUCUAGUCCGGGUUUUCGCAACAAAUAAAUUUAACCAAACAUAGGACUGCACUCAACAGCACUUAUGUGGCCAAGGAUGGUUAAAUCUCAUAGAUGUGUGUUCAUAUUGAAAUACCAUAUAAAGUUGUAUAUAUUUAUGUAUGCAUGCAUGUAUGUAUGUAUGUAUGUAUGUAAUGAUAUACAUAUUAGAUAUAUUUAGUCUUAUAGCCUAACAAUUGAUCCAUAUGCAUCACGCACAUUUACCAAUAAGGUGUACUCCUUUUUAUCAUGUUAAUGACAUUAAUUAAAAAAGUUGCAAUAUUAUAUGAAAUCAUGUAUUCCCUUCAUAAACAUACCAUGUUGACCAGUUCAUAACAAUAUCGUCCAUUCUUUAUCGUCUACCAUCACUUAUAAAUAAAUUGUAUAAUCCAUAUAUAAUGUAAGCUAUGAGCUUGUAUAAGCUUUGUUGCUGAAUAAAUGUUGUUCUUGUU